GUACGCCUCAAAUGAGCCCUCUCGCAACGCCAUCCGCCGGGGAAAGGGCACGCCGAAGAAGAAAGCCUCCCGGCGGAGGAAUUCUUUCACUCGUUAAGCGUAAAAAAGCGAAUCUCCGCGAACGGAACCGGAUGCACGGUCUGAACGAUGCGCUCGACCGUUUACGGAUGUGCGUACCGCUUCCGGCGAGUGUGACAACUGCAGCGAACCGGUCGGUCACCGUCGAUCAGCAGCACGGUGGUGGACCAGCUACACCGCCGCAGAAGCUUUCCAAAAUCGAUACGCUACGGUUGGCACAAAACUACAUCCGGGUGCUGCUGGAGGUGCUGCACACUGGCCGUGGCUUCAAGUACGAUCGAUUGGUGGCUGCGCUUGCGAAUCGAUUGAGCCAGAAUACGGCCAACCUACUGCGGACGAAGCUUUCGCUCGAUCAGCAACUACAGGCCGGGCUGCUGGACGUAUGUGACGAGCGGCAGGAUACAGCUUCGGAUAGCCAAGGACAGCUUUCGUGCUGUUUCUUCUGCACGCCCGGCUCAGCAUCUGCAUGGCCCAACGAGAACGCACCCUCUAGAGGCGCCACCAACCACGGCCAGUGGAUGCCACCGGUGGGUUACGAUUGUACCUUCUGCGGUUACGGCAACGAGGAAGACACGCAACCAUGCCGCCACUACUCACCGAAGCUGCUUUCUCGUGCAGAAAUGUUCGAUUUCUGAUGGACUCACGCUCUCGCUCGCUUCUCGUCGUUCGUUCGGCGUGUCCCGAAGAAGGUACGUAAGUUAUUUAUUCUUGCCAUUCAUAUGCGGAUUAAAAGUAAGAUAAGUAAGGUAAGUGACAAAAAAAAA